AUGUUAGUAAAGGUAGUUGUUUUUGUUUUAAUGAGCACGGUUUCUAUAACUGCCUUACCUGCAGAAUACAAAAGCUAUGGUCAAUUUACUAGCAGAGAACAUGUUCGUCCAAUCAGACCUCUUGAAACUCACGGCUUAAUUCAGAUAUAUAGUUACGGUUAUAGAAUUAAGGACGAGUAUGGUAAUGUCCAGUUCCGCAAGGAAGAAUCAGAAGGGAAAGGCAAUGUCAAAGGAUCCUAUGGUUACACCGAUGCUUCUGGUUUGUACCGGCUAGUGGAGUAUGUUGCUGAUGCCGGUGGUUUUCGUGCAACUGUUAAAACCAACGAGCCUGGCACAACUAACCAGAACCCUGCUGAUGUCAAAAUAAUCAGUGAACAUGAGAAAAGACCGGAAGAAGAACACAACGUACAUAAGGAGGUAAGACUUCCACUUCAUGACUACCAGACUUCUCCAAAUUAUUUUCACCCAACCUACGGUUCGGCCGCGAAGGAAAUACCUAUCCAAGGCAAUGUACCACGUUACACAUCCAUAUACACCGCCCCAGCACUUGCAUCUACAUCUGCGGAAACACCAGAGAAUCUUGAAGAAUAA